AUGCGAUUCAACACCUUUGCCGCGACUCUCCUCGGCCUCUCGAGCGUCACCGUCAUAUGCGCCCUCAGCUUCCCUAGAUCUCCGCAAGGAGACACAGUCCCACCUAAGCUUUCGACUCGCUUUGACACCAAGCUCGCAGACCGCCAUACUGAAGGACUUGAUUUCGCGGCGCAGGGCCUGCAGAAAAAGGACGACAAGAUAAAAGGGUCGAAAGCACUAGAGGAAGGCCAGGUGUUAAACACAAAGCAUAGCGUUGAGGUCAAAGCGGAUAAAGUUGAGACUUCCGGCGAUGAUAUGAAGAUCGAAAAAGAUGCCCAGGUCCCCAAGUUGCUGGAAAGCUUUGCCGCAAAGCUCGGCAUCGUCGACGGCAGAGGAGUCAACACCAUGGCGGCGAUAGGCGGUUUUGGGGUGCUUAUUACGGACGCGGAGGCUUGGAAUACCAUCCUGCAGGCCAUGUACCUGAGGGUGCUAGAUGAGAAGAAGGAUGUCGAAGUCACAUUCGAGGUAGAUGACUCCUAUCAGAUGCAUUUCCAAAUGCAGACCAAGUUCGAUGAAAACAGGUGGCUCUAG